CCCAACGAUGAACCAAUGGAUUUUACGACCAUCUCUAUUUUGGAAAAACAUAUACAUUGCUGGUGCUUCAGUUACGGACAGACUUUUUGUAGCCGGCGGUGAACAGGGAGGCCAGAGUUCUUCAGAGGUGGAAUAUCUUGAUCUGAAUAUUGGGAAAUGGUUUCCCACUCAUUCAAUGCAAAGCAAGAGGUCAGCUCCAGCAGCAGCGGAACUGAACAACGCACUUUAUGUUACUGGUGGAUGUGAUGGAGUAUCUUACCUGAGUUCGGUUGAAAGACUUGAUCCCCGUGAAGGAGCAUGGUGCAAUCUUCCAAACAUGAAGACAAGGAAAAAGUGCCACUCAAUGGUUGUGCUAAACGGGAAAAUAUACACUCUGGGUGGAUUUGAAGGAGACAAGUAUGUUGCAACAGUGGAAUAUUUUGAUUCUCGAAUGGGUUCUUGGGUGGAAACUGAGCCCAUGAACGUCUCUAGAGGCAACUUUGGUGCAUUUGUGAUUCAGGAAAAACUGUAUGCAAUAGGUGGAGUGAAGAAAAAUGGUGAAAUUUUGGACAUAGUUGAAUGUUAUGAAGAGGAAAGUUGCCACUCUGAAAGCAUUCGGGAAAAGGAGCCAUUUUUCCGCGAUUGUGUUGUGAUUUUUAAUUGUUACUUAACACGAGGCUGGAUUGGUCUUUUUUGUGGUUUAUUGGGGCGGGAGGGACGAAAAUGGAGCAUGGCUACUUGUACAUUGAUAAAAAAAAAAAGUCAUUGAUGUCAUAUCGAUGAAACCUUGCGAUACUUUUACAUAUGCAUCUGCACUUCUGAAUUCCGAUCACAACUAGACAGUGCAAAUGUUCUGAAGAUUUUUAAAUCAGUUUUUAGCCUACGCCUAUGAAACCAGUUCCAAAUGGAAAUGAUAAUGCGUGCUCUGGAACCGUUGUAGCCCUUCAAUGCAUUUGAUACGUCAAACGUUUACCAGAUACAUCUUUUUAUGCAUUGCAAGUUUUGAAUUCAUACCAUUUAUAUGAUCUGAAAUAUAGACAACCUUGCUCCUACUUAAGUUUAAUGAUUGAA